AUUUUUUCUGUCCUUGUGCCAAACUUAUGUCCUUAACUAAGAUCCACGUGGUUCGAGAGAAUAUCCAUGCUGGUGAUACUGCUCAACUGCGUGACGCUGGGCAUGUACCAGCCCUGUGUCGAUGACCAGUGUGUUACCAACAGGUGCAAGAUAUUACAGGUUUUCGACGACAUUAUCUUUGCGUUUUUCACAUUGGAGUUGACGAUCAAAAUGGUUGCAAUGGGGGUGUACGGCCACGGCACUUACCUCGCCGACUCUUGGAAUCGCCUUGAUUUUUUCAUUGUUAUGGCCGGGGUUUUAGAAUACGCGUUACAUGUGGAGAAUAUCAAUCUAUCGGCGAUAAGAACGAUCCGAGUGCUGCGGCCGUUGCGGGCGAUCAACAGGAUUCCAAGUAUGCGAAUCCUAGUGAUGUUAUUGCUGGACACGCUGCCUAUGCUCGGCAACGUCCUACUGCUAUGCUUCUUCGUCUUCUUCAUAUUUGGCAUAGUGGGGGUCCAGCUGUGGGAGGGGAUCCUCAGGCAGCGAUGCGAGAUGGUGCUACCACCGGGCACUUUGCGACCCAACAUAUCGUUUUACUACGAAUUUUCAAAAGAGUUGGACUACAUAUGCACGACGCCAGAAGACAAUGGUAUGCACCUGUGUGGGGACUUUCCGCCCUACCGUUACGGCCCGCUCGUCUGCAACGAGACCGCCAAACCGUACCCGUCCCGCAAUGACCCGACAAAUGUGUCUUGUGUAAAUUGGAACCAGUAUUACACUAACUGCACUCAAAGGGGAUCCAACCCGUUCCAAGGCACGAUCUCCUUUGACAACAUCGGUCUCGCUUGGGUUGCUAUAUUUUUGGUUAUAUCCCUGGAAGGCUGGACGGAUAUAAUGUAUUACGUGCAAGAUGCUCACAGUUUUUGGGACUGGAUCUAUUUUGUUCUUUUGAUUGUGAUCGGAUCAUUCUUCAUGAUCAACCUCUGCCUCGUCGUCAUCGCGACCCAGUUCAGCGAGACCAAGAAACGUGAGAUGGAGCGCAUGCGCGCUGAACGCGCUCGGUUCACGUCCUCCUCGACUCUGGCGUCGUCGACCAACAAUAGCGAACCGGCCACGUGCUAUGCCGAGAUUGUCAAGUAUGUGGCGCAUCUGUGGAGAAGGUUUAAACGGAGGAUGGCCAAGAAAAUUAGGCUAUACCGAUAUCAGCGAGCUCAAGUACAAUGGCGCACAAGCAGAGAAACACUUCAACUGCCGUCAAACAAGCCCAAGCAACACCAUCCUUGCUGCCCGCGGGUACAUCCUCAGAACGGGAAAGAGGAGGGUGAGGAGCCGUUGGGGCGGCCGAGCCUGUUGCGCGUGCCGUCACUCUCCGCCGCCGACCUGGAGAACGCGUCAAACCUCUCGCUCCUGUCACCGCCAUCACUGGCUCGAAGACGCUCAUCAGUGAUGUUCAGCGAUACAGUUCUGCUACACACGCCUAAUUCACCCCACGGCGGGCAUCCUCACAACGUCUGCUCUUCGGAGAAAAUGACUCAAACAGAUUCAUUGUGUCAACGUGACUGGCUUAAGAGCCACAGCGAGUUCGACCUGCCGACAGGCGAAACUGCAGAGGAAAGAGCGGCAGCCGUUGGAACCAUGUCCUGCCAGGAACUCCUGGCACUGUCCGGAGCCUUAUCAGCAGCACUACCUUCCGGACAAGUUACCUUGGACUCCUUUUUUGAAGAAUUAACUAAAGGCAUUACCAAGAGGGCCAGUGAAGACAAAGACUGUAAGGGUCAUGAAAUAGAAGACUAUUCAUGCUGUGCGGAGCUACUGGCAGCCGAGGCCGCCGCAAAAGAAGCGCGAAAGGGACGAUUUGCUAGUGCUUGCUCGAUAUUUUGGCGAAGAAUAUCGAAGUUUUUUUCUUUUCUAAGAAAACAUAUAAAAGAUGUAGUCAAUCACAAAUAUUUUCAGCAAGGUAUACUAUUAGCUAUACUAAUUAACACUUUAUCGAUGGGUAUCGAGUACCAUAACCAACCCGAGGAAUUGACAGUAAUAGUAGAAAUCAGCAACGUCGUAUUCUCUGCGAUUUUCGCUGUUGAAAUGGUUCUUAAAAUCAUAUCAGAGGGUCCUUUCAAGUACAUUGCCAAUGGAUUCAAUGUUUUUGACGGAGUCAUUGUAAUCUUAAGUGGAUUUGAAUUAGCGCAAAGCUACGGCAACGAAAAGGAACUGGCUGGCAACUCCGGACUCUCCGUGUUGCGCACAUUCAGGCUCCUGCGCAUCCUAAAGUUGGUCCGCUUUAUGCCCAACCUGCGCAGACAGUUGUUCGUCAUGCUCCGUACCAUGGACAAUGUCGCCGUGUUCUUCUCACUUCUAGUUCUAUUCAUUUUUAUAUUCAGCAUCCUCGGUAUGAACCUCUUCGGGUGCAAAUUCUGCGAGAAAGACAAUGAGGGCGAUGAGGAGUGCGACAGAAAAAACUUUGAUACGCUCUUGUGGGCCUUUGUCACAGUGUUUCAGGUUUUGACGCAAGAAGAUUGGAAUGUUGUACUGUUUAAUGGUAUGGAAAAGACGAGUCACUGGGCUGCAUUAUAUUUUGUUGCCCUAAUGACUUUUGGAAACUAUGUACUAUUUAACUUACUGGUGGCUAUUCUAGUAGAAGGAUUUAGUUCUGAGCGGAACGAAAGGAGGGAGCGAGAGCAGCGCGAGCUGGCAAAGUCUAAGUUGUCUAGCGAGUGUUUCUCUGACAACAACGAAAAUCAAUAUGAUGAGUCGAACUCGGGAUCACAUUCCAGUGACAGUUUCUCUCAGAACGAAAUAAAAAACUUUUGGAAAUCAGCUGACGAUGUUCGCAAAGCUAAAGACGAUAUAAACGGACACAAGGAUAAAAUUAUUCGAUCACGAAGAAAGACGACCAGUUCAGGACAUCACCCGACGCUUUGCAAAGACUGCGCACAGUCCAACAAAUGUAAUUUACAAAAGGAAUCCAAAAUGCUCGCAAAUAACACUGGAGUAGACGUACCGAACUUACCCAUGAUCACACACACAGCCGCUACACCACAGGACUCACCGUCCACGACCCUGGAACCCGGAGCGUCGUUCAGGGACUUCCCUGUGGCUCUCAACUUGGAGAAAUCAUCAAUGCUGUCGAGCAUGGAAUCUAUUGAUAGGACUUCGUGCACCAGCAUACCCGGAUUACUAAAACCUCCGACGCUCUCAGGAAUCAACAGCUAUACUCUAACCCUGCAUUCGGCCGCCUCACAGUUGGGAGCGGAGAAAGCCAGACUACCCCCACUGACUUUGUCCCCACACCCCGUGCGACCCCUAUCAGUAUCAUCCGGUUCUUCGACCCCCACAACCACGAGGUCAAUGCCAUCCCCGAUGAUGCCGGAGAAGAAUUUGCAGAUUGUGAUACCGAUAACUAAAGACGAUAAUUGUGCCAAUACUAGCGAUAAAUCUAGUCUUUUAAGUUCCCAAAAAUCGGUGACUCUCCAAAGUCCACCCUCAAACGGAGAGGACAAAUGCCGAGUCCAGCGCGGCUAUAGCUGGCGGCUGUCCCGGCCGAGCCUCAGGAAAAAACCCAAGCAUCGGACCGGAUCCGACUCUGAAGCCAUCAUAUUAAAUAAUGGACGUGACCAUGUCGCUUGUAACGGGUCCAGCCUCCGCAAGAAUGAGCUGCUCCUCUCCUCGUCCAUUAUUAAGAAUGACACGCAGUCGGAGAUGCCCAACAAUAGAACCAAGUCGCAACUGCCGGCUCCCAGGGUGUUACCACAGACCGCCAGGAAAGUGUCUGCUCACACUGCACCUCUGCUUCCCGAUGAAUCUUGGAAAGCACCAGAAGCUGGAUUCUCAUCGGACACGACUGUCCACCUCGACACAGUAAAAUCACCUCCUCACCGGCUCUCCCUCACCAACGAUUACUUAACAGUAACGACAGUGUCGGAAGUGAAGACGAGCAACCUGCCACCAACGCCGCCGCAGCUGCAGCUAACACCAAAGUCUCCGCGCCACAAGACGCAUGUGCCAACACGACCCAAGAACCAGUCGCUGCCGCUUGUCAAGCAAAUUAAUGAAGAGGUAACGAUCAACAACAACGUCAGCAUAAUAACGUCGAGGUUCGACAGGCGACGAUACCGGUUCAAAGACCUGUUCCGAUUCAUGGAGCCCACGGGGUGCCUCAAGGAGAAAGAAGACUGGGCUUUGUACAUAUUCCCUCCAGGAAAUAAGAUACGGCAGCUAUGCACCUGGAUGGUAACCCGCGGGUGGUUCGAUAACAUCGUGCUGCUCUUCAUAGCCCUGAACUGCAUCACGCUGGCCAUGGAGCGGCCGAACAUCCCUCCUGACUCCAAGGAACGGGCGUUCCUGGCUAGUGCUAAUUAUGUGUUUACUGUUGUCUUCGCCGUGGAAAUGUUCAUUAAGGUGGUGGCGUCAGGCAUGUUCUACGGGCCGGACGCAUAUUUCACGUCUGGCUGGAACAUCAUGGACGGCUCACUGGUCAUCAUCUCCAUCAUUGAUCUGCUCAUGUCACUCGUUUCCGAGUCUAGCCCGAGGAUCUUUGGUAUAUUGAGGGUAUUCAGACUACUAAGAUCCCUGCGGCCGCUGCGAGUGAUCAACCGAGCGCCCGGCCUAAAGCUCGUGGUGCAAACCUUACUGUCCUCGCUCAGGCCAAUCGGAAACAUUGUGCUCAUCUGCUGCACGUUUUUUAUUAUUUUCGGCAUCUUGGGAGUACAGUUGUUCAAAGGGGCAUUUUUUUACUGCGAAGGGGCGAACAUAAAGACCGUGAAGAACAAAUCCGACUGUUUAGCCAUCGAAGGCAACGUGUGGGUGAACAGAAAGUACAAUUUCGACGACCUCGGCAAGGCUUUGAUGUCCCUUUUCGUUCUGAGCUCCCGGGACGGAUGGGUCAACAUAAUGUAUACGGGGCUUGAUGCCGUUGGCGUGGAUCAGCAGCCAAUAGUGAACUACUCUGAAUGGCGUCUCCUGUACUUCAUCGCGUUCAUACUGCUUGUGGGGUUCUUCGUGCUGAACAUGUUCGUGGGAGUGGUGGUGGAAAACUUCCACCGCUGCCGCGAGGAGCAGGAGAAAGAGGAGCGAGUGAGGAGAGCGGCCAAGAGGCAGCUGCAAAUGGAAAAGAAGAGGCGAAAAAUGCAUCAAAGACCUUACUACGCAGAUUACAAUCAAACAAGACUAUUUAUCCACAACGUAGUCACCUCCAAAUAUUUCGACCUGGCCAUCGCCGGAGUCAUCGGCUUAAACGUAGUGACCAUGGCCAUAGAGUACUACAGAAUGCCUCCAGUACUCCAAUACGCCUUGAAAAUAUUCAACUACUUCUUUACAGCAGUCUUUAUUUUAGAAGCAAUCAUGAAACUAGUAGCAUUAGGGUUCAAGAUAUACUUAAAAGAUAAAUGGAAUCAAUUGGACGUAAUAAUUGUUAUUUUGUCUAUAGUUGGUAUAGUAUUAGAAGAAUUAGAAACAAAUAUAAUACCAAUCAACCCUACAAUAAUGAGAGUGAUGAGGGUCUUGAGGAUAGCGAGGGUGUUGAAGCUGCUUAAAAUGGCUAAAGGAAUCCGGGCUUUGUUAGACACGGUAAUGCAGGCGUUGCCGCAAGUAGGGAACUUAGGACUGUUGUUUUUCUUAUUGUUCUUCAUUUUUGCCGCUUUAGGCGUUGAAUUGUUUGGACGACUGGAGUGUUCUGAUGAAAUUCCUUGUCAAGGUCUUGGCGAGCACGCCCACUUCGCCAACUUCGGCAUGGCAUUCCUCACGCUCUUCAGGGUCGCCACCGGUGACAACUGGAAUGGCAUUAUGAAGGACACGCUGCGCGAGGACUGCGACAGCAGCGUGGACUGCGUGCGCAAUUGCUGCGUCUCCACUGUUAUAGCGCCCAUCUUCUUUGUGGUGUUCGUACUCAUGGCCCAGUUCGUGCUGGUCAACGUUGUGGUCGCUGUCCUAAUGAAACAUUUAGAAGAAUCCCACAAACAAAUGGAAGACGAAAACGACAUGGAUGUAGAGCUGGAGCGCGAGUUGGAGCGCGAGAUUGACGACGAGGAGGACCGUGCGCUGUGCCGCGCGCUCGAGCAGGUGGCGGCGCCGCGUCCGCUCAGCAAGGUACCUUCCCUCCCGGCCAACUUCACCUACAGCGAGCCGAAGCACCCGCCAACACCGUCCCCCGCACGCCUCGCCCGUCGCCGGCGCACGCUUCACUCGCACCACGCUUUGCUCCCGACGUCGCUACCGCCGAGACGAGCUUCCCUCUCACCUCAUGCGUUUGGACGUCGCCGACAGGAUUCCACCACCGAACCCCCUGCGGCUCUCUACGAGGAGGACGCGCGGUUCAUCGACGCAGACGACGCCGACGAACUCGACCCCGGUAGCCCCCCGCGACGCGACUCCUUUGCGCAAAAUCGUAGGCAACGCGUGGACAAGCGCAACUCCUUGCGCGGCGAGGAGGCGAGGCUUCUUCGGCCCGUUCUGCUCGCUGUGCCUACACCUCGACAACAUGUUAGGACUAGCGGUCCUAAGAGAAGAAUCUCCGAAUCCGGUAGUGUAAGUGACGCGAGUCAGGGCUCGGCGCGACCUCAGCUCGCGCCCGAAAGCGUCGAACAACCUAUCAGCGAAGAAGAGAAGAUCAGGAUAGUAAUAGCGGAGCGGCGGAAAAUGGACGCGGCCCGACCGGAGCCCGAGGAGGGCGUCGAGCUCGCGGAGCGCGGCUCCUAGUCCCGGCGGGGCCGGCCGCACCAACAUCACGAGGUCUACAUCUAGGCGCCCAGCGCCCGGGUGAACCUCCCUCCCACCUUCCUCCCUCCGUCUUCUUCUGUGGAACGGUUUGGAACUGUUAAUGUUUGAACUCGGUUGCACGACAGUGAUGCAUUGACACAAAUUUUAAAAACAUGCUUAUAGUUUCGACUUUAGUGCGGUGUUACGUUUUCGGUACGACCGAUUGAGUGAUAACGUGUAUGACAUUUGGUGUGAUCAUUUCCCGUCUUUAGUGUUCAUAUCCUUAACUCCGAUUCUUACUUUUCCUACGCGGCCGGUUCAACAACUAGCAAAGAGACUUCAAUAAAUUUAAGCUAAGAUAUAAUAGAAAUAGGUAGAUAGGAGUUAGGUCUAGUCAAUUUGUUGUGGUGAGAUUUUUUCUACGAGAGCUAUGGGUACUUCAAAUGUUAAUUAAGUAAUUUCAAAUAACGGUGCUUGCUGUUGAAUUGUAUUAGUUAUUCGUAAAAGUUCUCCUAAAAGUGUUUCCAAAGAACCUCAACGAAGAGUAUGAUUUAUUGUAUAUUUGUAUACCUAAUUUAAUGUUUUGUUAUUGUGCGUAGAAAAUGAUUUUAUUUAUUACAUGUAAAAUUAUAAUAUUAAAUGUUGUUAAAGUGUAAAUUUUAUGACUUAAGAAUGGGUUUCGAAUCAUUGAAUAUUAGAAUAAUGUAAUCCAACGACUUGAAUGAAAAACGCCUAUGGAUAUCUAUUAUUUAAAUGCUUUUAGUUUGUACAUCAAAAAAAUCUUCUAGUCAACGAGUGUCUCUCAUACUAGAAAAUUGUUAUAGGUAGAGGUUGGUAUUAUAGUAAGGAUCUAAAACAGAACCAAUAGUUGGCGAAUUGAUUAGAACUCUCUCUAAGAAUGAAAAAGUAUUUUCUGAAUAUAAAAUGAAUCCUAUUUUCUUACAGUCGUGUACGUAACUUAGACGUGUAACUGGCAAUACGCACAUACAGUUAGCGUAGAGUAUAACGUAGUGUACGCAGCUAUCUUAGGGUGAACAGAGAUUAUUGUGAGAUAGUGGCCGAUAUAUUCUACACAAUUAUCGUUGAACUGUUUAGUGCUGUCAUUAUUUGUGCCAAAUUUACAUUAAUUUUACUCAACAUGGCGUACUGAAUAUGAAUGAAUUAUUAAUCAGUCAUUGUUACAAAAUGAGUUUGUGGCUUCGCCCCUUUUGCAUACAUUUUAUAUGAGGUCUCGAUUUUCUCCGAAUGUCUGAAUUAAUUUUCAAUUAUUUUAUAUUAAGCAAUCUAUUUAAGCACCAUCUCGAUCUACCUAAUUACAUGAAAGAUUUUAGAAAGAAGUUUAAAUUGAACACAUGAAAGAGUUUAAAUUGUUUAUUAUUUUAAAGUAAAGCAAAAAUAAUGCCAACAUAUUUUAAGUUAGUCUUGUUACGAAUAAUUUUCAGUACCAUUUCUGAUACGAGACCCUAACUCGGAUAGGAAGAAGAUUUUUAAAAGGCAUUUAAUGUCAUCUUGGGUAUAAACUUAAAAUACUCAUACAAGAUAUGCCGAAUUGUUGCACCACACAUACUGUUAACUCUGCAGUCUGUUUGUGUCGUUCUGAUUGAUGAAAUUUAACACGAAAUUGAAAAAGAAAAGAAAAAACACCUUUAAGAAAUAUAUAUCAUUUUGAUCUUAAUUGGCUGCACAAAAACAAUUAUUGCACAUCAGUACCGAGUCAUCACUUAGUUUCUUUCUUUCGUUGAAUCUACCCUAGUGUCCUUAAAUCCGUUUAAAAAUCACAAGUCGGUCCCUGACCUACGAACAAAUUAAGAGCGUAGUUAGGGAAGAGAGCAAUAAAUUUUAUAUACUUCAACUGUGCCUUUCCUAUUUCUAAUGUACUAGCUUGUGAAGUCGAUUGUUGGGACUCUGAACUUAUGUAUACUGUAGGAUUUGGGGACUAUAAGCUAUUUACUGUAAUAUAAUGUUAUAUUCUUCAAAUAUAUAAUAUAUUUCCAGAGAUAUUACUUCUAGCAGUUUCAGUAUUUUGUUAUUCUUAAGAAUUUCUUUGUAGUUUAAUUAUCCAAGCAUAAUACUCAAAUAUUCUACAGAUAUUUGGGUUACAGGCCCUUUACUUAAGUAUGAUGUAAUGAAAGUUAUUAUUUUGCUUUCGUAUUGUUCUAUUACAUUGAGAAUCCAUUUCGUUAAACUUUGGAAUUGAAAACGAAAAGGGUUAAUCACUUAGAUUGCUUUAGAUUUGUCAAAUUCGAGUUUUCAAUUUAGAAAUCAACCAACAUUUUAAGAACAUCAACAAUUGUUAUAAAGUAGCUUCGGAUCAAUAAAAUAUUUAAGUGUUAAAAAAUGUUUUUAAAUUCUAUGUCAGAUUUAUUAUUGAAAUGGACCUGGAGUGUACCUAUGGCACUAUUGUAGUUUAAAUGGUGAAGCUAAAUGCUCUUGUGGGUACUCCUUUCCUUACUGUUAUCGUAUUGAUUGUUACUUUUAACGUAAUAUUAUAAGCUGCGGUAAAAUCAUGCAAAAGCGAACGCCAACGUGUGUUGUAUUUACGUGACAUUUCGCUCUCUGCGCAAGUUUGCUUUAACACUCUCUCUAACCAAUUUUUUGCACGCAUUUAUACAAAAUAUUGUACGUUGAGUUUACAAAAUCCUCAAACAUUGAAAACAGCUAGUUUUUAUUCAAGGAAAGACAAGCUAAAGUCCAUAUUAAAUAUUUUACUUGUUGCUCGCGUACUGCGAGUGUGCCACUAAAUUUUAUUCUACUUUUAAUUAACCUGCGUACCUUUUUCUCUUUAUGCUUUUACUUUAAAAUAGACAAAACGUCUUCCAUGUCUUCUUAUAUAAAUAGGUUGAAAUUCUAUCGAUCGGAGUUUUCCACAAAGUAAUCUUUUAAGAUUAAUGGUAAAUUGUCAGAAGCGAUUCUGAAUUACUUAUUCCAGCGUCACGUGGUUGAAUUGAUUGAAGGGAAUUUAGUAAAAUUAAGAAUAGCAUUUCGUGAUAAAAAGUAAAAUUCGUGAUAAAGAUUAGAUAUUGUUUUACGGUACUGAUUGUAUGAUAUUUUUAAGAGGUAUGAACAAUGUUCAUUAGAUGAGUACACCUGUUACAAUUAGCUGGUGAUCUGUCAAGUUACGAAAAUGUUAGGUUGAAAAAUAAAUCUAAAGACAA